AUGAGCCCCAAGACGGCCCCAGGAGACGCUGAGUCCGAGAUGGGCAAGACUGCCCGGGGAUGCCCUGGCCAUAGUCUCCAAGAGCCCUGCACCUUCACAAUGGAUAGGCCCAGGCCCACCGAGGGCGGCCUGCGGGGCCGGCGCGUGGCGGUGACGGGCGCCAGUGGCUUCCUGGGGAGGCACCUGCUGGAGCGCCUGCGGGAGCUGGGUGCCGAGGUGCUGCCCGUGAGGCAUUCGGAGUUCGACCUCACCGAGCAGGCGGCGGUCCGGCGUCUGUACGCGGACCUGAGGCCCGAGGUGCUCAUCCACGCUGCAGGGGCGGUGGGCGGCAUUGGGGCCAACGUGGCGAACCCGGGGCGCUUCCUUUACGAGAACGCCGUGAUGGGCCUCAUGCUGCUGGAGGAGGGCCGCGCCGCGGGCCUGGGGAAGCUCGUGCUCGUGAGCACGGUGUGCGCUUACCCGGAGUCGGCAGGCCAGGGCGAGGGCGGCGUGAUGCGCGAGGAGGUGCUCUGGGACGGCUUCCCGAGCGCCUCCAUCGCCUCCUACGGCAUCUCGAAGAGGUUGCUGCACGAGGCGCUGCGGCAGCAUCACAAGCAGUACGGGCUGCGGAGCGCCACGCUGGUCCUCACGAACCUGUACGGCCCCCACGACCACUUCGACCAGAACGGCCACAUGGUCCCCAUGGUGGUGGCGCGCUACUGCGACGCGGCCAGGGAUGGCUUGUCGAGCGUGACCAACUGGGGGACUGGCAAGGCGAUCCGGGACUGGGUCUACGUCGGCGACGCGGCCCGCGCCAUCUGCCUCGCGGCGGGCUCGGACGCCCCCGCGCUCUGCGACGGCACGCCGAUCAACAUCGGCAGCGGCCAGGGCCGCACGGUGCGCGAGCUGUGCGAGCUGUGCCAACGGCUGUCCGGCUACGAGGGCGAG